ACGAAGAAGAAUAAAGAAUACUGAGUGGUUUUUUUUGUCAUUCAACUGACCGAAGAGACUACUUCACCUGUGAUUAACAGAGACUGGAGUGUGUCCGGUCUCCCUGUAGGUUUGGACCUCUACUGUAAAAAUGGGAAGGAAAACGACAUGGAAGUGUUACUGUGGGGACGUUUUAGGAGGCGUUCUUCCCAUUCUGAAAGGCCAGUGUCUUUGUUUAUCAGCGACGGUGUUUGUCUGUUUGUUGUUGUUGCUGUUUUCUUCUGUCAGAGCAGAGGAUGAGUGUCCGUUAUCCUGUAUCUGUGCAAGAGACUCCGGGACAGUGACCUGCUGUGACAAUGAGGACACCGAGUUACCGGGAGACAUACCGGAGUGGGCGACCACGUUAAUACUCAGGGGGAACAACAUCUCAACCUUACCAGGUGGAGGGUUCUCCUCGAAUAACGGGACAAAACUCGAGCUAACGACCCUCUCACUGUCACAUAAUGGAAUCAUGGUGAUCGAGGGUGACGCUUUCACAGGACUCCCACGGUUGCGUUUGCUGGAUUUGAGUCACAAUCGGUUGAUGUACAUCUCAGACCGGGCGUUUCACAGUCUGCAGGAGCUCCGCUCUCUUUACCUGAAUGACUCCCUCCUCGCACCGGCUGUGGCGCAGCUCUCCAAUGCAUUGCAUGGAGACAUUUUAUGCAACCUCCACCGGCUGGAGCUAUCUGGCAACCGGUUGAAAACCAUACCCAUUUCAAGGUUGGAUGCAUUCAACCUACACACUUUAGUUUUAACCAAUAACUCAAUUGAGAACAUUGGUAAAGAGGACGUCUCCAGUUUGUACCGCCAAAAGCAAGUGCGCGUCUAUUUAUCACUAAACCCGUUCAGGUGUAACUGUGAGCUGGAGUCAUUCUACUUCUGGUUAAAGAACUCUUCUCAGUGCGUGGACGCCGCGCGCCUCCUGUGCGCCGAGCCCGAUGCCAAGAAGGGGAUUCCAAUAGAGUGGUUACGCGGUGAGGACGUGGAUUGUCUCAAUGAGAACCUAGAGGCGGUGUCCUACGUGUUCCUAGGCAUAGUCCUGGCGCUGAUCGGUAUAGUAUUCCUCAUGGUGCUCUAUCUAAACCGGAGAGGAAUCAAACGGUGGCUCAACAAUAUCCGCGAUGCGUGCCGCGACCAGAUGGAAGUGUAUCAUUACCGGUACGAGCAGGACUCCGAUCCCCGGUUGGCUAACGUCGCCGUUUAACGUUCAAUGUUCACUCGUCAAUCGAUGCCAUAUAUCCACCAUUUUUUUAUAUACAGAGUAAACUGUCCUUGAACUGAUGAACUAUUAGUAUUGGUUUAUCAGCUGUAGUUGUUCAUAAUGCUUGUCACAUGACGUUGGAAAACAACAGACUUGGCUAUUCAAAGGCGACAA